AUGGCUGGCAGAGUUACUAUGGCACAGUCAUGUUUGCUCAGCUUCCCUCCUUAUGUUCUUCAGGCUACUCUUAUUUCGAUUGCUACUUGUAAUGAGAUAGAAAAGAUUUGUAGAGACUUUAUUUUGUGCAGUGAUGCUAAUAACAGGAAAAUCCACCUUAUGUCUUGGGAGAUGACUUGUAAACCCAAAGAUCAAGGGGGGCUUGGAUUUAGGAGUUUGAGGAUGCUUAAUCAAGCUUACUUCUUGAAGUUGGAUGCUUGGAUCCCUGGAGUACCUGCAAUUGACUCCCUGAUUCCUGAGGAUAUUCAUAGUCAUGUCUCAAACCUCCCUGUUUCUGCAUAUGGUGUUGAUGGUCACUGGAGAUGGGAAGGUCUUAAUGUGUUAGUGCCACCAUAUAUUUGUGCUAUGAUUGCUUCUAUUAACCCGCCUUCCGGAACUGAUGAUGAUACGCCUCUGUGGAAAGACUCUCUGGAUGGCUAUUGUAAUGUGAUAUUGGCUGAGCUUUGGAGCUUGAAGUAUGGUAUUAAGUUGGCCAUAGAUCUUAAUACCCAGUUUUCUUUGUUCGAAAUGGAUGCACGUGAGGCUGUUCAUAUGAUUGAUGUGAUCAAGAGUGUUCCUAGUUCUUUGAGACCUUUAGCUGCGGAUAUCAGGAGGGUGCUUUGGGCUAAUGGUUGGCAAAGUUCUAUUGUUCACAUUAAUAGGGAAGCUAACUCUGCUGCUAAUUGGGCUGCCAAAUUUGGACAUCAAAGGAAUUGGUCAUCUUUCUUGGUGGAUGAGAUACCCUUUGUUUUAAAAGCUCUUGUUGCUAAUGAUGUUAGGAGAGCUGCUGCUAGCCCUCUAAGGCUGCCUUAG